AUGGGUUUCAGAAUCACCACGUGGAAUGUCAAUGGCAUCCGAAAUCCAUUUGGAUAUCAACCAUGGCGAGAAAAGCGCACAUUUCAGGCCAUGUUUGACAUUCUCGAGGCCGACAUUGUCGUUAUGCAAGAGACCAAGAUUCAGCGCAAAGACUUGCAAGAUGACAUGGUUCUCGUGCCUGGCUGGGAUGUAUAUUUCAGCCUGCCACAGCAUAAAAAAGGCUACUCUGGAGUCGCCAUCUAUACCAAGAAUGCGACAUGCGCACCGAUCCGUGCAGAGGAGGGCAUCCUGGGAAUACUCUGCCCACCAAAAAGCAAUACACCAUAUCGAGACUUGCCUGAGGAUAAGCAGAUUGGUGGAUACCCAACGAUGAGCCAGCUGCGCGGGAACGUGGAUGAAGCAUUGCUCGACUCAGAAGGACGAUGCGUCAUUAUAGAGUUCCCAGCGUUUGUGCUGUUUGGAGUCUACAGCCCUGCUAACCGGGACGAAUCUCGAGUUGAAUUUAGGGAAAGCUUUGUGGAGGCUCUGGAGGUGCGGAUACGGAACCUGAUUGCUGCAGGCAAAGAAGUGAUUCUCACCGGAGAUUUGAACAUUAUACGCAGCGAAUUGGACAGCUCCAAUAUUGCCGAAGGUCUCAGAAAAGAGGGACUGACUAUGGACGAAUGGCAGUCGAUGCCAACGCGACGAAUACUCAACCAACUCCUGUUUGAAGGGACCAUCAUCGGCGAGCGGGACCAGGAUCGUGAAAACGCGGUUCUGUGGGACAUUUGCCGCUGCUUUCACCCCAAACGGACGGGCAUGCACACUUGCUGGGAUACGAAGAGAAACACGCGGCCGGCCAAUGUCGGUAGCAGAAUCGACUACAUCCUGUGCAGCGACGGGAUUAAAGAUUGGUUUGUGGAAUCUAACAUCCAAGAAGGACUUAUGGGAUCGGACCACUGUCCCGUAUAUGCCACGAUGAGCGACAAAGUCAACAAAUACGACCGGGAGAUUGCUCUGGCAGAAGUCAUGAACCCUGCCGACAUGUUCCGAGACGGGCAACGGGUCCGGAACUGGGAACAGCGAGAUGCCCUUGCCCUUUCAGCUAAGCUGAUUCCGGAGUUUGAUCGACGGCGAAAUAUAAGAGACAUGUUUACACGCAAAGCAUCGCAGACCUGCUCGCAGAUGGAGAACAAAGCCGGUCAGUCGCCGCGUGAUGGAGCCAUGGGCACGGGCUUUGACACAACGAGCUUGGGCAUGACUGUGAACGGUGCGAGCGGCUUAGACUACACAAACUACUUCGGGGGUGCAGAAGCGGCACUGACAUCGGCACGGAGCACCGUGAGUUUGGUGCGAGGGAGUGGGAACAAGAGAAAUCCCGAGGGGCCAACUGAGGCCGGGGGUCCAGCGACCAAGAAAAACAAAGGUCCCAGCGACGCAAAGACAAAAGCUACCGGCGGGCAAAGGACACUGCAAGGAUUCUUCAAGCCUAAGACUCCCACUGCAAAAUCUGCAACAGAGGCGGCCGCGCCGGUUCGGGCCGGCCACAGCCCAGUGACUGGACAGGCAGUGACACCACCUCCAGCCAACGGAGUGUCUUUGCAGGCCCAAACGCCAUCGCCAGCGAUGUCGACGCCACCAAAUACUACGCCGACGAAGGGGUUUUCUGCAGCCAAAGUGUUUGACCCGAUUGAAGCCAAGGAGUCGUGGUCGAAGUUGCUCGGCAAGCGAAUAGUUCCGAAAUGUGAGCACGAUGAACCGUGCAUCAGCCUGGUGACCAAAAAGCCGGGCGUCAACUGUGGGCGUUCAUUCUACAUUUGCCCUCGUCCAUUGGGGCCGUCGGGCGACAAGGAGCGAGACACCGAGUGGCGCUGCGGGACGUUCAUUUGGAGUAGCGACUGGAACAAUGCCGCAUCAUCGAACGGCUUGUGA